UGAGCCACAUGUCCUCGCCCGGUAUUUUAUUUGUAAUGGACGCUCUUUGUUUACUUCCACAGGCUGUUCCAGUGAAAUAGUUUAAAGUGAAGCGUUUAUUUUUCCCAAGCUAUUAUAAAUUAAGCUGAUAAACCGGACUGUCGCGUGUUUGCUGUAGAUUUAGAGGCUGGCGGUGAUGGAGGAGGAGGAGCAGAGUGCGGGUACCGCUGUUGCUGCUGCUGGGGCUGGAGAAGGCGGAGGAAAAUCACUAAAGGAAGAAGAGGUGGUAAAAGAGGAGGAUCUGACAGAUACGGCAGCUCCAGUUGAAGAGGAGGAAGACGAGGACACUCUUCCUCAUUCAGAAAUCUUGGAUAUUUUCGAGGAAGGACUUGCUCGACUCGUGCAGGAUCCUUUACUCUGUGACCUGCCAAUUCAGGUGACUCUGGAGGAGGUCAACUCUCAGAUUGCUUUGGAGUAUGGCCAGGCAAUGACUGUGAGAGUUUUAAAAGCCGACGGUGAAGUGAUGCCAAUUGUGGUGGUGCAAAAUGCUACUGUCCUUGAUCUGAAGAAGGCUAUUCGCAGAUUUAUGGAGCUGAAACAGCAACGUGAAGGUGGCGUGGAACAUAUCAGCUGGAGAUAUGUUUGGAGGACGUAUCAUUUAGUAUUUCAGGGCGAGAAGCUUGAAGGUGACAAGAUGAGGCUUAAAGACUACGGGAUCCGAAACAGAGACGAUGUGAUGUUCAUGAAGAGACUCAGGAAAAAGUGAAACCAGAACAAGCAACCAUUUGCUGCAGUGUGUGCUCUGAAAUGACUAUUUUUUUUAACUCUGGUCGUAGUUUGGGUUUGUGCUCCCUCUUAAAGAGGCUUUGUGUAAAUAAAAUAUUUUUAAGUUGUCCCUUUUAUUCCCGCUGU